GGGAAGAAUAGUGUGACGUCACAAUACAUCGUCUGCAUUGACUCGUUUCCAAACAACUUUAGAAUUCUGUUCAAAUCAUAUAGGGCUAUUUUUCACACGGAGUUUAAACAUAAUUUACGAUGGUAAUGUGCUUUGUUCCUGAUUGCAAACACUACAGCGAGAAGCAAUCUUGCAAAUUCUAUAGAUUUCCAAAAGACAUCAACAAGAAGAAAAGCUGGAUAAAAGCAAUAAGAAGAGCAGAUAGAGAACCAAGUGAGCAUUCUUUAGUAUGUAGUUGCCAUUUUGUGGAUGCUGAUAAAAAAAAUGGUCCAACUAUUUUCCAACGGAAUGAACAAAAGAUGUUGAAUUUCCCCGAGGUGGAAAAAAAAGAGAAAAAAAAGGUUUCACACAGAAACCACAGUGGCAGAAGUUGUGCAGGAGCCACAUCCAAUCGUGGUAACUGAAGAUGUCAGUGGCCUACCACUACCAUCUACAAGCAACAGUGUUGUCGCAGUGGAAGCGGAGGUGUAUCUAUUGAAAAAAGAAUUGGAAGAGCUCAAAAAAACAAAAACUGUCCAACAACGAUUCACUUACGCUAUGAUUUGUGACAGUGAUAAACUGGUAUUAACCCACACAGGUUUACCGAACAAGUCAGUUUUCAAUUAUAUUUUGCAGUUGUGCACAGCUGGCGAGAUUACUUAUUUUCUUGGGUGGAAAGUCACAAUUAUCUCGCAUUGUGACCAGCUUCUGAUGACACUGAUGAAGCUGAAAAGAAACCCAACUCAUAAGGAGUUGGCUUUUCGAUUUCAGUUAGGAGAAACAACGGUAGCAAAUAUUAUAAAUACGUGGCUCCACAUACUGCAUGAAACCAUUUUUGAGGGGUUGAUAAAAAAUAAAAUACCUUCCCUAUUAAAGAAUAAGUCAUGCCUUCCAAAUUGUUUUACAGAUUUCACAUCCUGUAGGAUAAUCAUUGACUGCACGGAAGUGUAUGCUGCAGUACCAGCGUCAAUGAUUAAAAAACAAUCAAUGUAUAGUAACUACAAACAUCGAUACACUCUCAAGGGGCUUGUUGGAGUUGCUCCCAAUGGUGUAGUAACCUUCUUGAGUGACCUUUAUGGUGGCUCCACAUCGGAUAAAAAAAUAACCCAAGACUGUGGGUUGUUGUCACAAUUACAAUCUGGGGACCUCAUAUUGGCCGACAAAGGAUUUUUAAUAAAUGACAUUGUCCCAGAAGGUGUGAGUGUCAACAUUCCUCCCUUUCUAGAGACUCCCCAGUUCACAAGAGAACAAGCUCUUAGAACGAGGAGCAUAGCAAGAGCUCGUAUCCAUGUGGAACGUGCCAUUGGUCGUAUUAAAGGUUAUUCUAUCCUGGAAUUCAUUCCACAUAACUUGAUGUGUUAUAGUAGCAAGGUGUGGCAAGUAUGUGGGGCGUUGACUAACUUUCAAUACCCGUUAAUAAAAGAAGUCGAGGUGUUCUACAGAUGUGGAGAAAAUAUAUCUGAAGAAAAUGUAUCUUCAGAAUGACAGCAUCCAGGGUAACAUAGCAAAUAACUUUAACACAUCUAGUUAUGUGGAAUGAAUGAAUGUACAUAAUAAUAGUAGGUGUAUGUCCACAACGGUGCACCGCCACUUGCACAGCUGUUAUGCAUCAUGUAAUUCAAUGUACGCUUUUAUACCUAUGUGGACGCAUCCAUUGAUUCACAUAAUACAUAUCAGUUGUGGGGUACGCCAUUGUGAAAAUUAAUGCCUGUGUAAAUUAACUCCUGUUUUAAUUAUUUCUAUUUCUUACAAUAUAUUGUUGUGAAAAUGAUUACCUGUGUAAAUAAACUCCUGUUUAUCAUUAUUUCCAUUUCUUUCAAUAUAUUUAAUACCGUACAUGAAUUUACUAGAAAUCCUAUCCUAUUAUUAUUGUUUAAUUUUAUAAUUCAACCCGUUGUAUAUUUCAAAUACCGUUCAUGUACAUAUCCAUAAUUUCAAAUUUGUAAUUGGUUCUGAGUAUAUUUUUUAUGUUAGAUUAAUUAUUAUAAGUACUUUAUUUAAGAUUACUUUUACAUAAGAUUAAUUAUUAUAGCAGAAUUAAUAUUAAUGAGAUGAGUUUCCAAAUGAAAGCAAAAUUCAAGAUUUUAUUUGUUAAUCAUUUUGCUCGGUCUCUUGUUUGUGAGACUAUGCUAGUAUCAAUUAUAGUGUAAUUAAUAAAAUUAGUUAUUUAUGUAAAGCAGAA